AACAUUUGAAGAGAAAACAUCUUGCACACCUUAAUCCUCUUAUAGAAACUGAACAACAAUUAGAUUCAGAUGUAUUAUCGGCCGGUCCUUCUACUAGUUCUAAUUUACAAUUAGAACAUUCAGGUUCUAAUACGAGUUCACAGCAGCCCUGUACUUCACCUAUACCUAAACGUUCUCGCCAGUUAAAAUUAUUUGGUUCGAUUAGAGGUAAUGAAUUAUCCGAAGUAGAAAAAGGUUCGAUAGACAAAAGUCUAAUCAAAAUGAUUUCUGUUGAUUAUCAACCACUUUCAUUAGUUGAUAAUAUUGAAUUUUUGGAGUAUUCAAAAAAAUUACAGCCUUUGUAUAAGCCGCCUAGUGGAAAAACGUUAACUAUGAAAUUAUUACCGGAUGAAUAUAAUAAGAUAGCUACCAUUCUUAAAUCUAUGUUAAGAAGUGUCAACAAUGUUUCAAUUACAACUGAUUUGUGGACAUCAGAUAGCAAUAGGGCUUAUUUAACAGUUACGGCUAUUUUAAUUGAGUGGGGUAUUUUAGACAAAAUAGUAACAAUAAUUUCAGAUAACGGGCCGAAUAUAAAAAAUGCGAUAAAUGAACACCUUCAUAAAUAUCACCAUCCAUGUGUUGCGCAUACAUUAAAUUUAAUUGUUAAUGAUGCAAUUACUUCAAAUGAAGAGUUAUUUAAUGUGCUAAAAAAAUCCCGAGCAUUGGUUGGACAUAGUGAUUCCGCGUCUACAAAAUUAAAAGAAAUACAAAAUCGAAUGAAUGUUCCCGAAUUAAAAUUCAAGCAAGACGUUAGUACCAGAUGGAAUUCUAGUUUCAUAAUGUUAGAAAGACUUAUUCAAAUUAAACCACCGUUAUCUGCCGCAAUAACAUUUCUUCCUCAUGCUCCAAAUUUUUUAACUGCGUUAGAAUGGGAAUUAAUAUCUGACUGUCUUCC